UCCCGGCCCUCAGGUGAAGGACGGGGCUCGAGCGAUAUCGCGAGAGUUCCCUCGCCGCGCGGCCUGACGGGAGGCGCAGUUUCCCGGUCGGAGGUGAGCGGGGCAGGAGAGGCAGAACCGCCUUCGCCGGGAACUACCCGCUGCUGCACGAAACCAAAAACUUGGAGACCUUUAAGUAUCCAUCAUGGAUAGAUUUGUGAUACGAAAACCCAAAGCUCAAGAAAGCCCUAGGAAAAGAGAUCCAGGAGCAAAGGUUUACAAGCAAGCCACUCUAGAAUCUCUGAAGAGAGUGGUGGUUGUAGAAGACAUAAAAAGAUGGAAAUCUGUCCUGGAGCUUCCUGGCCAGUCUAAAGAUAAUUUGAUCGAAGCUUUGGAGGAAUUAAAGAAGAAAAUACCUUCUAAGGAUGUGUUACUUUCAACAAAAAUAGGUCACACGGUGAAUAAGAUGCGCAAAUAUUCAGACCAUGACGUGGCCAAUCUUGCAAAAGACGUUUACACUGAGUGGCGAACUUUCAUCAAAGAUUAUUCAAACAAACCAUCGAUAGAAGUCAGGAGCGAUCCCAAAACAGAGACUCUCAGGAAGAAUGCAUGGAAGCUACUUUGCAAUGCUCUGGAACUAGAGAUUGAUCACCCACUGGCUGAAAAUAUUGAGCGAGAAGCUUUUCAUCUCUCUUCCCGUCUCAUUAAUGCACCAUAUCGCAGGACAGUGCGAGCCCUAGUCUUCACGUUAAAGCACAAACCUGAAACCCGAGCACAAGUGAAAACUGGUGCACUCCCAGUCAGGGCGCUUGUACAAAACCAUAAGAAGUGACUCAGAGUGCCUGGUACUGGACAUGGGAUUCACGUGCCUAUGCCACAUAUUGGGACUGAGAAUCCCUUGUGUUUUAAGAGUACGGAGCACCAGUAAUGUUACUCGCUCUGCCAUUGUAAGGACAAGAUAUCUCAGGAUGGUAUCUGGGGCAAAUUCAGUGGAGAUGUAAGUGGUGGUGUAAAUUAACCAUCUGUGAGUCAGUGGACAUUUGAGGGAACAGAAUGGGUGGGGUUGUAGCAGGAAAAGUACAUAGGCCUCCCCUACUUUGCCAUAUGCCUUCUUGUUGAUUACCUUUCCUGCGACAAACCCACUCUUCUGGUCCUGCAGAAUGUAAGUAACAUCAGCUGUUCAGCAUGUAAGUUGUAUCAACUUGCACUGGCAGAACCACACAUCACUUGCACCCCUAUUUGUCACAUCUGAGGGCAAGUCUACACUGCAGUGUUACAUCAAUGUAGCUGCACCGAUGCAGCUUUGCUACUGUAGCACAUCUGGGAGAGCGCUCUCCCUUCGGCAUAAUUACUCCACCUCCGCGAGAGGCAGAAGCUAUGUUGGCGAGAGAGCGUCUCCCAUCGACACAGCGCUGGUGUGAACAGCGCUUAAGUUGCGAUAACUUGCGUCGCUCAGGAUGUGCAUGUGUCUUUUUCACAUCCCUGAGCGACAUAAGUUACAUCAACUUAAGCAGUAGUGUAGACCAGCCCUCAGUGUGAUUCCCUGUCUCUUCCAGGAGCCAUGAGCGUACCGAUGAUGUUCAGGGCCAGUCAGAAGGGGUGGGAGUUUACAAUCAGAAGUGAAGGUGAUGACUGACAGCUCUAGUUAACUCAAGUUCAGUCAUGUUCCCUGCAGUAAUACCCAGGUACUCCCAGAGCUAACUGCUUAGCAAAGUGCGGGGGCUUCUCUUCACUGUAUUCCAGAGUUGGGGACUCAGAGCACAGUCUAAGUUGGCUGGCCAGCUUUAUCCCACUGCAUCCCAAAACCUCAAUGUCUCCCUAGGCCUUCAGGUAAACGAGGCUGCACCUGGAUUUGCUACGACACCUCUUUGCUGGGUAUUCAAUGAGCAUCUCACCUUAAACAUCAACUCCUCCUUCCUGAUUUAUUUAAGUGGUGCUUGUUUUUUGUGUGUACCAAUGUGAGGAAAGCAUGUAAUGAAAUCUCUAAGUAUAAUUCAGUGGGAGAGUAAAUCGACCUUUCAUAAAGGCUCUUACCCCCACAAUGGACUAAAUAUUAAUUCUUUAGAGCGAUUAUGUGAACAACUUUAAGCAAUAAACAGAUUAUUUUUAAUCAG